AUGGGGGCUUGUAGCGGGUGUGGUCAGAUUAUUCUGGUUAUCGUCAACCUGAUAUUUUCGUUGGUGGGUAUAUUGCUCCUGUCCGUCGGCUGUAUUGUGAAAUGGGGCGGAGACAUAAUGGACGAUGUAUUAAGCGACUGGUACAGCAACUUCCGGAAGGCACUGGAGGAAGCAGGAGUAGAUAACUCUAGUAUUGCCAAUUUCAACAUCGAAGAAUUUAUGCAGGAUACUGCCAUAGCAUUCAUAGUGAUUGGAAUUUUCUUCUUUCUCUUGGGUAUUAUUGGCUGUCUUGGGGCGUGUUGCAAGGUCCGCUCACUGCUCAUAUGUUACUCUGUUGUCGUGGUGUUGGUGAUUAUUGUGGAGCUUACAUUCGUCAUUCUGCUGUUCGCGAUUCGGGAUGAGGUAGAUAAAUGGCUCAAGAAGCCAUUGGAAGAAGCUAUCGCGGAUGAUUACACUGGCACAAAUGGAACAGACGCCGUCACUCUCGGACUAAACUUCAUAAUGUCGGAGUUCGAAUGUUGUGGAGUUGAAACCUACACCGAGUUCAAUGCCACGGCGACAAAAUGGCAGAAGCUGGUACCAAAUCAAGUGAUUCCUCUGAUUUGUUGUCGGAACGCUACCAAAGACAACAUCGACUGUCUAACCAGCCCGAAUGGCAACAAUUCAUUCUCUGACAAGGGGUGUUAUGAAGCCAUUGAGGACUGGGUCAAUGACAACGCUGACAUUUUGAUAGGAUCUGGAGCCGGGAUAGCUGCCGUGGAGAUUCUGUUGGUCCUGUUUGCCUGUAUCGUGUGCGCAAAGAACAAAUCAGAAAAGAGACGUGGUUAUGAAUCGUACUGAUAAAUCAACUGUGAGUUAUUGACAUUACCGUGGAGGUUUUACUAUAACAUCUCAUCUGGACAUGAGAGUUGUAGAAAUUUGGAGAAAUGCUGACUUGUUUACAAAGCGUUAUUUAUAUAACAUUAUUCGCAUGAAGACGACUUUUCAUCACAAACUUCUAAAUUUACAUAUAUAGUUCAAGAACAUUCAUCAGAGAUUUCGUCAUCUACAUACAGUUUUCAUAAGAAUUCUUCACAGAUUUCUCAAUCUGCAUCAACUCUAUCCUACAUUCCAUCACUAACGUCUAUAUCUACAUAACCUACUGAGUUUACUACAUUUCAUAACACAAAUUAUGAUGCACUAAAAAUCUGUGAAAUUAAUUAAAUACAAUGUCACGUGAUAUAAUUAUCAUAUAAUGAUGCUACAUUAGUAGUCUGUUAUCUGUAAAAUCUAUGUAUUCCUUACUUCUUUUAAAUUUAAUUGAUUGUCAUAUAUCUACACAUAUAAUCUUACAUUGCUGUGAUGUUUGAAAACUUUGUAAAAGACAUUUUAAAAUUAAAGAACACUGUCAUGUAUUUUAGUUAGAAGAAAAGAGUUCAGUGGUAUUUUUUAGUCUGAUAAAUCAUUGAUAAUUAAAAUUGAUAUUCUUUAACCAGCAAAAUCUGAACGUAUCACAGCACCACGGAUUUCAUUUGGUGCUAACCUUAUUGUAAGUUAUUUUCAUCAAGUAAUUUUAUUUGUCAUGUUUUCAUUACUGUAAUGUAAUAAAUAAAUGGAUAGCA